AAUGCAUCAAUCUGUAAAUUCACAGUGCUCAGUUUUUGUCGGUGCGUGUCUUUACUGUUAUCAUUUAGUCAUAGGCAAAUUAAGACGAAAUUGAAGUAAUAUAAUACUCUACACGUGUACAUUUUUAAAUGUUAUAAACAAGGCUGAUGGCUUGGCUUUUUUCGACUCAGAAUUAAACAAGAACUAUCGCACCGCUUGGCAUUUUUCGAUCGAGUUUCUACAAAUGUCCGUGGCACUCAAAUGUUGUCUUUCAUUACAGAAAAACAAAAGGAUGUGUUGCGCGAAAAAUCGAGCGGAUGGUCGGACACGAACGUAUUGAACGCAGCUGUUUAUAAAUUUUCAAACGCUACAAUGAAUUAUAAGUAGAGUGAGAGAAACAACUAAUUGAGGACGGAAACUGAUUGAGUGCAAACAUUUACGAAAAAAGCAGAUUAUGUUCGGAACAAUAUUAUGCGUUUUAUUGAAAAGUUUAGUACUGACAAAGGCAAUUAUUACGUUUAUGCCAAAGGAUUAUACCACUGCAAACAGCCUCAAGGAAGAAUGCGUUUUCAUGUGUCCGGAUUUAAAUUUCACACAAGAUAUUUCAACGUCCGAGAAAAGUGAUCAUCAUAUAUUAAAUUUCAAACCUGAUCAGAGUCACUCUGAUAGUAUGACUGUGAGAAAUGAGCGAGAAGUCGAUAAAAUUCCACUUGCAAAUAUUUCUAUAAUUCCAGAAUCUAUUAAAAGCAGUUUGAACAAGCCAACAUCUCUCAGAGCAUUUGUACAAUUCGACAGUCAAUUCACAAAAAAAAUAAACGACAUUUUUGUGACAUUGAGAUGGAAUCAAUCUGAAUUUAUCGAUGAAAUAAUACAAGGAUAUACAGUGCAAUGUUUUUUUAUCGAGGAUUUAAAAGAGAUUCAAAUCUGCGAUGAUAAAAAUAUCACAACUACAAAAUUGGAGCAUACGGUGCACAAUCUUGAACCUAAUACGACAUAUUAUUUCCGAGUACGUGCACAUACUGAAGUUAUUGCUGGUCCUUACUCGGAUUUAAUCGAUGUAUCGACUACGCAUGAAAAUCCAAUACCUAAAUUAUUAUUAGUAACGGAUGUUGGCAUCCACAUAUUGGACUUAGAUUUAAAUACUAUUAAUAAUAUUGUUAAACAAUUUAACAUACAAGAUGUCGCUUACUGUGUACAAGAACAUAAAAUUUAUUGGAUAUACAAUAAUAAUAAUCUAAUGACAAUGGAGAUUACUGAAAAUAAUAUCACAAAAAUAGCUAGCUUUGAUCAUAGGCUGUAUGAUCUCUGCAUUGAUUGGAUAGCAAGAAAUCUAUAUAUGACCUAUCAUGAUAGAGACUACUCUUCCAUUCUAAAGUUCGACUUAACAAUGUGGGAAAAUGGCAUAAUUAAAUUUGAUGAGAUUUUCAAAAAAAAAGAAACUCUUUUUUUUGCCAAUUUAAUUGUAUCACCGUUUAUAGGAAUUUUAUAUCGCAUAUCACACAAUUUGGAGAAUCAUGAAUAUGAUAUAAUGAAAUAUCAUCUCGAUGGAAAAAACGUGCAAAUUGAUCAGAUAAAUUCAUCCCUUUGCCAAUUUCAUCCUACGUCUCGAAUGAAUCAUAUGAUAAUUGAUAACAUGAAUAAUGAGGAACCAUUAAUUUACUGGAUAGGUGUUUCUCACAUACUUGUCACAAACACUAACCUUUCUAUGUGUAAUACGAUUUUACACACGAAGAUAAGUGAUGAUGUCAUACUCGGAUCUAUGACGUUUGACAAAACAAACAUUUACAUUUUAGCACAUAAUCGGCUUCAAAUUAAUAAUAAUCAAAUCUACGUUUCGAAAAAGAAAUACGCAAAUCUCAAGAGCGUAAAUAUAGACGAACAUGUUGAAAAGAUAAUAACAGACUCAGUUAGACAUUUUUUCCGAAGAAUUUACGCUUUUGACAAAUAUUUUGAACCAUAUCCUCCAAUGAGAUGUCUGACACCUUACGAAAAAGUUUAUAAUUUUGAAAAUGUGAUUGCAACGACAAACAGCAUCAUUGUAAAUCUUCCAGAGCCGAUUGUAAAGAGUGGAUGCAAAAAAUAUAAUUUGCCAUCUACUAUAUAUAUUAUCUCCGUAAGCCAUUGUGUAGACCAUAAUCUCAAUAAAACUGGAGAAUUCAAGGUGCAGACGUACGAGCGAUCUUACGAGAUCCAGAACUUAACACCAUUUAUAGAGUACAAGUUGAAGUUUACUUUAAGCAAUUUUUAUUUUAAUCAAUUAUCAAUAAAUCCAUUCGAUUCAAAUGUGGUAUCAAUAAAAAUUAAUUCGGGCAAGCUUAAUGCACCAGAAAACAUAAGUGUUCUAGCUUUGACGCCUACUAUAGCAGUAGUUCGUUGGAUGCCACUCAAGAAACUGAACUGCGUGGCCGUAACCUACGAAGUGCAUUGGAAGACAGUUACAUUAGUGAACGGCACGCAACAAAAGAGCAAACAAUUUAUCAAUGUGCCGAAACGUAUGGCAGAUGGCAGAUUUUUCACAAAGAUUAGCUUGUCGCUACCAGUACAAGAUUACUUGAUAUAUGUGCGUGUGUAUCCAGUUAAUUUCAGCGAUUUCUACAACGAGAGUUUAAGCAAGAUCGGUCACAUAUACUCAGAACCAAACAAUAUUACUUUAAGCGGAGCCAACAUAAAUAGCAUGAACAUUUCAUGGAUUUCAAACAUUAAUCUGACAGUUUUUCUUACACUACAGUAUAAAGACAUUGCAACAGAAAAGUGGCAAACAACGAAUUAUGUUAAAAUAAGUUAUAACAAAGAAGUAAUGUACCAUAUCGAAAAUUUGCAAUCGGGAACUUUAUACAAGUUUCGCUUGAUAUUAAGAUACCUCGAAUAUGAGGAAAAUUUUAUAUGGCCAGAUGAUGAAAGAUUUAUUUUUUCUACACUUGGUGAUAUUUCGAGCAGUCCUGGAAUAUUAGCUAUAAAAUAUUACCUACCAUUGUUGUUAAGUUUCAUCGUUAUAGUUAUUGUAAUCUGCGUCUGUUACUUUUAUAGAUUAUAUCGACAACGCAAAAAUAAUACUGAAGAAAUUUUGCCUUUUAUAAUGACGGACACGGAAUUAGCUGUUGCGCCUGGAGCGGCACAGGAUGUGGGACACCGCCAGGAAUAAUAAAGGAAGUACUACAGGUCGUCGAAUAUUUCCCUUUUUACUAACAAAAUUGAUUUAUUUUCUUUUUUUGUAAUAUUUUUAAAUACAUGCACUGUUUAGCUACUCUA